AUGGCAGAACUAACCCAACUUGAAAUCAAACCAGACGAGAAUUCCAUGGAGUUCUCAGACUCAUAUACCUUACACCACUCAGAUCAUCCGGGACUAAUCCUAGUUUCCAAAACACUUGAUGGAAACAAUUACGGACAAUGGAGUCGUGUCAUGCGCAUGGGUCUUAGUGCAAAGAACAAGAUCAGAUUUAUCGAUGGAACCAUUAAGGCUCCAACACCCUUAAACACGAAACAUGCAGCCCGGAAGAGAUCUAACGACAUGGUUACACUGUGGAUUGUAAACUCAGUCCACUCACACAUAGCAGGCAGCAUCAUGUACACCGAAACCGUAGCUGCGGUUUGGAACGAUCUGAGGGACAGAUUCUCACAAAGCAGCGACUCAAGAAUCUAUCAAAUUAGACAAGAAAUUGUCAAGAACCGCCAAGGGCAGUUCAUUGUUUCUGCCUAUUACACCAAGAUGAAAGCAUUAUGGGAUGAGUUAGCGUCCUAUCAUGACCCACUCGCUUUCACUUGUGAGGGUUUGAAAAGGCUUGCUGAGCAAAAGAGAAGGAAAGAGUUAUGCAAUUCUUCAUGGGAUUGA